AUGAGCAACGACAUACAAGAUCCAGUCCUAGUCCCUGCAAAGCGUCCGAGAAUCGGUGUGCUGACCGGAUACUGGUCGACCAAUAUCGGGAACGCGUUUUUCCAGCUCGGAGCGGUCUACGCGAUCGAGCAGGCAUAUCCAGGGGCUCAUGUGUUCCCGAUCGGAGAUCAAGCGGGGUACUACAACACCUCGAAGGGGAAUCCUCCGAACUCGAUUGAUUACGCGAAGCAUCUCGACAUGGAUGCGCUCGUGAUUCUUGGGCCGUAUGUGCGUCCGGAGAUGACGAACAUCGUUUCGGAUCUGAUUCGCACUCAGCAUGAGAAGGGCGCGAAGAUCAUGGUCCUCGCGGCGGGGAUGAUGCAGUAUGACUCUGGAACGAUUGAUCUGAGCCGGAGUCUGAUGAAGGACUGUCCUCCUCAUAUCUUCACCUCGCGUGAUACUGAGACUUACGACGCGCUUGGUGAUCUCGCGGAGUUUGCGUUUGACGGCGUGGAUGUCGCAACCUUCGUGUCGGAUCUAUUCCCGAAGAUCCCGAGUGAUCUUGAGCCGUAUAUCGCGAUGAACUUUGAUCAGAUUCCUGAGCCUGCGAUAUCUCCGCGUGAGCAGUUCAGUGGUCGUGUGGAUCGGUCGUUCGACUUUGAGGGAACGACUUGGGAUGUUCGGCAUCCAAAGUGGCGAACAGAGAUGUGCUACAAACAUCGCGCGUUCAUCUUCCUCGACUGCUUGCUCGGACUCAAUGGUGGUCCCGCUCGUGUGGAUGGGAAACUUGUGGUGCGGACGGAUCAUCGCUACAACCCGUUCUUGAUGAAGAAGAACUACCGCGCUCCGAUGGUGUACUCGGGUGAUGUGCCGUAUUCGUACUUGAAUAUCUAUGCGAACGCGGAUCUGACGAUUUCCAAUCGUGUGCACGCGUGCGUCGCGACGGUUGCGUACGGCAAUCCGGCGAUGUUGUUCACACGCUCACCUCGCGCGUAUCUGCUCAAGCGCCUUGGUCUGGAUCGGAUCAAGGAUGAGCCCCAACGCGUGGAUCUUGGGUUCUUGCGUGAUGAGAAGAACAAGCUGAUCGCGUGGUUGGGAGAUCGUCUGCGUGAGACCUUUGGUGAGCCUGAGGCAGAAGCGGUUGUGAUCCUGAAUCAGUACUAUGUCCCGGAUGUCGCAUCGACGGGACACCUGCUGCAUGAACUCGCGGUUGAGCUCGUGAAGCUUGGGUUCGAGGUCGAGGUGUUGACCGGUCGACCGAGUUAUGGUCCGCCGGAUACUUGGCAGGAUUGUCCGCUCCGCGAGACUGUGGAUGGCGUGAAGAUCCAUCGCUUGCGCGUGGCGCGGUUUGAUAAGAACUUCCUCCCAGGACGGGCGUUCAACUACCUGACCUUUGUGGUCCCGAUGAUUCUUUCGGUGUUGUUCGGAUCACGUCGGGACACGGUGUAUCUGUACACGACCAAUCCGCCGUUCCUUGGGACGAUCGGUUGGUUUGUGUCCUUGUUCCGCAGUCAUCAUUAUGUGACGCUCCUGCAUGAUGCGCAUCCGCAGCUUGGCGCUUGGGUCGGGACCUUCAAGAAAGGGUCGUUUAUCUAUCGCGUGUGGAUGGCGCUGAAUCGUCGGAAGUACAAGCGGUCGCGUGAAGCGAUUGUGUUGUGCAAGGCGGCGAAGAAACUGGUCGCGGAGACCUAUCCGAUCCGUCCCGAUCGGAUCCAUGUCAUCCCGAACUGGGCGGAUGGCGAAGACCUGUUCCCCAAACCCAAAGAAGAGUCAACGAUCGCGAUCGACAACGGGUUUGUGGAUGACUUUGUGCUGUUGUACUCCGGGAAUAUGGGGUUGUAUUACGACUUUGAUACGGUGCUGGAUGCCGCGGAGCUGCUGCUCGAUGAGCCGUUCAAGUUGGUCCUUGUUGGUGGGGGCGGGAAGCGCAAGAAGAUCGAGGCGCAGGUCAAGGAGCGUGGUCUGCACAAUGUGAAGCUGAUGCCGUACCAGCCGUUCGAGAUGCUGAAUGAAUCUCUGAAUGCGUGCGAUGCGUCGCUUGUGACAAUCGCGAAGGGGAUCGAGGGGAUCAGUUUCCCGAGCAAGCUAUACACAUCGCUCGCUGUGGGGAAAGCGAUUGUCGCAUUGUCUGAGGAUUGGUCCGAGCUUCGGCGUGUUGUUGAGCGGAGUGGGUGCGGGAUCUGGUCGGCGCUGGGAGACGCGGAGGGACUCGCGGAGCAGUUGCGUGUGUUGAUUCACGACAAGCAGAAGACUGCCGAGAUGGGCGCGAACGCUCGCAAGGUGUUCGAGAAGGGGUACACGCGACAGGUGUGUGCCGCGAAGUAUGCGGAGGUCUUGAAGCUCGCGGAUCCUGACGAAACAGCGGUCGCGACAGCGAAUCGGCGCGAGAAGCUUGCGAAGUGGCUCGCUGGAGGUAUCGGCGAUCGCAAACUCAAGCUGGUCUUUGUGACGGAAGACGAUCCGUUGUAUGUGAUCAAGUUUUUCGAGGUGUUCUUUGAUGAAUAUCCGAGCGACGAGAUCGAGAUCGUCGGCGUGAGCGUUCAGGAAGCAUUCCACGAACCCAAAUGGAAAACCGCGAAACGGAUUUUCCGUUUCUAUGGACCGAUCGAUUUCUUCCGAUUGCUCGCGCGAUACUUCAAGGUCAAACUCCGCGGCGAUUCGAUCGUCAAGCUCGCGAAAGACAAGGGACUGCCGAUCGUUGAGUGCGGAUCGGUCAAUGAUCCGGCGUAUAUCCAGAAGCUCAAGGAUCUUGAGGUCGAUGUGAUCGCUUCGGUCGCGGGUCCUGAGAUUUUCAAGAAGGACAUCCUCGCGGUUCCCAAGGUCCGCUGCAUCAAUAUCCACUCGGGACGCUUACCGAUCUAUCGCGGGAUGAUGCCCAAUUUUUGGCAGCUCUUGCACGGCGAGAAGAGCGCGUGCGUUACGGUGCAUGAGAUGGUCGAGAAGCUCGAUGCAGGGGGGAUCCUCGACACGCUCGAGUGGGAACUCAAAGAGCAUGACUCGCUGGAUCGGGUCAUCACAGGAACAAAGCAAGACGGUGCUCGUCUAAUGAUGAAGGUGCUACUGCAGCUCAAGAACGGCGAAGCGGUCGCGACGCCGUUGGAUAUGAGCGAGAAGAAGUACUUCAGCUUCCCGCAACCUAAAGAUGUCAAGCAGUUCCGCAAGCGCGGUCAUAGGAUGAUCUGA